AUGAAGUUAGCGUUUAACGUGAAAUCAGCCUUGCUGGCAUUAUCGUCAUAUAACUUACUAGGACAAGUCGGAGCAACAUCCGGAGAUGAUACAACUACGGUUGUGAAUCUACUGAAUUCUCUAAGCGGAAAUGUUAAAAAGCUGGAAGAGGAGUCAGCCAAGGCAAGUGCAGGAAGUGUCAAUGAAGAAGAGAAGGCAAAAAUAGACACCAGUAUGAAUGCUUUAGUUGAAACUUGUGCCAACGAGUUAGUGAAGCUUGUCAGAAGCACGCUUAAGUUAAGCUAUAAACCAGACAUGAAAGAUGACGAACUCAAAAAGCAUAUUUUGACGCAGCCUGGACUGCUGGAGUUAAAGAACUUUUUACAGAAUGCAGUUAAAGAAGGCCAGGGGCGUAUAAGCGAAUUAUUUAACGUUUUAAAAGAAAUUCUCCUCAGCGAUCCAGUUGCAAAGCCGGAGUCAAAAGAUCUUAUUGCUGUUCUUUUCGAUAAGAACGUUUUCAGCGACGGCUCUAUUGCGGUUUUCACUGAAAUUAAAGAAAAGAAGGAAAACUAUACUAUAGACACAUUUACUCAACAGUGUGUGCCUGUUGUUGAUGAUCUCCACAAGUUGAUUGAGAAGUCAGAGAAAACAGGCGCAGGAGGUCUCAAAGAAGAGCUCGACGACCAGGUCAGUAGUGCCAAAACAACACUUUACAUUUACAUUGGUUUGAAUAUCGUUCUUCUAUUGGUUGCCAUUUUACUUGGAUACUCAAUUUUCAAAAGAAAUAAAGGUGACGAGUAUGCAGAGGAGACUACAUCGCCAAGAGUGUCGACACCGGCAGCUUAA